AAAAGAUUCGGUUCGUGUCUUCUUAAUAUGAAGCUUUUGGUUUCAGAAUUGCACUGUAACAUGUGACCAAACAUAACACGCAAUCUCUGUCUCUGUCUCUGGGUAACUAAGAAGUAGGAUCUAAGAACAUAAAUGGAGAGAGAACACGAGAACGCAACUCUACAGUCUCCGUUGAUUCAAGAUGGAUUCGUAGCUGACGUAAAGCAAAACGAAUCAUCAGGGGGAAUAGAAAGAAGGGAAAUUGUUGAAGAAGUGAAGAAGCAGUUAUGGCUUUCAGGGCCUUUGAUAUCGGUGACCCUUUUGAAUUUUUGUCUACAAGUUAUAUCUGUCAUGUUUGUGGGGCAUCUUGGCAACUUGGCUCUCUCCGGUGCUUCUAUGGCCACUUCUUUUGCCUCUGUCACAGGUUUCAGUUUAUUGGUAGGAAUGGCAAGUGCCUUGGACACCUUAUGUGGACAGUCAUAUGGAGCAAAGCAGCACAGGAUGUUAGGGAUACACAUGCAGAGAGCAAUGUUCAUUCUUAUGAUUGUUAGCAUUCCACUUGCAAUUAUAUGGAUUAACACAAGGUCCAUUCUGAUUUUCCUUGGUCAAGACCCUGAAAUAUCUGCUGAAGCUGGCAAAUAUGCUCAGUUAAUGGUUCCAAACCUUUUCGCCUAUGGUCUUCUCCAGUGCCUCAACAGAUUCUUGCAAACCCAAAAUAAUGUGUUUCCAAUGAUGUUCAGCUCCGGAGUGACUACUUUACUACAUUUUCUUAUAUGUUGGCUUAUGGUAUACAAGUCUGGACUAGGAAGCCGAGGAGCUGCCAUAGCAAAUGCUAUAUCUUACUGGUUAAAUGUUUCCAUACUCUCACUCUAUGUCAAGUUUUCUCCUUCUUGUGCAAAAACUUGGACAGGUUUUUCCAAAGAGGCACUUCAUAAUAUUCCCUCAUUUCUGAGGCUUGCCAUUCCUUCAGCUUUAAUGGUUUGCUUGGAAAUGUGGUCAUUUGAAAUGAUGGUUCUCCUUUCUGGUCUUCUUCCAAAUCCUAAGUUGGAAACAUCAGUGCUUUCUAUCUGGUUGGUUUCAUAUUUGAGAUGCUUUUCACAUUUGUUAGUUGCUACACAUAAUCAAUCAACUUUAUUAUCAUUUUCAUCAAACUAUUGUCAUUUACUUGGUUUUGUCAGCUUGAAUACAUCAGCACUUGUUUGGAUGAUCCCCUUUGGACUCAGUGGAGCUGUAAGCACUCGUGUCUCAAAUGAACUUGGAGCUGGUCAUGCGUGUACUGCACGUUUAGCAGUAUGUGUUGUCCUAGUAAUUGCCAUAAUUGAGAGCAUCGUAGUUGGAACGGUGAUGAUAGUAGUACGCAAUAUCUGGGGCUAUGCGUAUAGUAAUGAUGUAGAAGUGGUCAAAUAUGUGGCAACUAUGUUACCAAUUCUUGCAACAUCCAACUUUCUGGAUGGACUCCAAUGUGUUCUUUCAGGCACUGCUAGAGGAUGUGGUUGGCAGAAAAUUGGUGCGUUUGUGAAUCUGGGGUCGUACUAUUUAGUUGGGAUUCCAUCAGCUAUUGUAUUAGCCUUUGUAUUGCACAUUGGUGGCAAGGGGCUUUGGCUGGGGAUUAUAUGUGCACUUAUUGUUCAAGUAAUUUCUCUAAUGAUCAUUACUAUACGCACUGAUUGGGAGCAAGAGGCAAAGAAGGCUACAGAUAGAGUCUAUUGUUCAAUAACACCAGAGAGCAUAGUCUCAUGAAGCUGCAAUAUCUUUGUAGAUACACUUUCUGACUAAGUUCUAUUUGGAUGAAAGCAAUACAAGCUUUGUCACAAUUCUUCCAGUAGGAAAGUCUAGGCGCAAAUGUGCAUGGCCGAAAGGGUAUUAACCUGAUCUUUGAUAAUCUAAAGUAGUGUACAAUAUAGAUGAUGCAACUAGCAAUUGGAACUGAAGAAUAUAGGUAGGGACAUCUUUUAAUGUUUUGUCCUCGGAAAAGAUGAAUGAAAAGAGUAUGUUUGGAGUUUUGAUGUGCUGUGUGUAAAAGGUUGCUGGAUGUGAAUUUGAUCAAGUUACUGAAAACC